ACUAGAUUAUCCUUAUUGAACAAUUUUCAAGGUUGAAGAGAUGGGUAGUUUGAGAGCUAGUUAUAGUCUCCUCCAUGGAGCAAUCCAGAGGCUGAGGUCAUGGAUUGGAUUCUUAGUGUGGUUUAUGCAUCACCCUAAGCUCCAUUCUCUGUUAAAAUUCCAUUGUAAUAAGGUUUUAGAGAGCUCAAAUUACAAUGCCCAUAAGGGAGAGGAUCAGAUUGUUGAAGAAAAAGUUAUAAGUUUUGAAUCAGAAGUGAGGCCUGCAUUGGUGCUCCCUAAGGAGUACUUGCAGAGAGUGUUUAGUAUGUUUGAUAGGGAUGUUGAUGGGUUGAUCAGCAGCGAGGAUAUCAGAUGCAUAUUGGAAAAUCUAGGAUUGAUUGUCAGCUCAGAACAUCUGGAUAUAACACCAGAUUUUUUAGGGUUUGAUGAGUUUUUGGGCCUCUAUAAUAGCCUGUGGGACGUGUAUUAUAGAGGUGAUCUGGAGGAUGAGGAUGUUGAUGAAUUGAUGGAGGUUUUCAAUGUUUUUGACAAAGAUGGAGAUGGGUAUAUCUGUGCUUCUGAACUGCAACAGAUUCUGCAUUCUCUGGGACUCAAGGAAGGAAGAGAUAUUUCAGUUUGUGAGAGCAUGAUCAGAAAAGUUGAUAUUAACUCGGAUGGGAAAGUGGAUUUCAAUGAAUUCAAGCAUAUGAUGCUGCUCACAUAGCUUUUUUUAACCAGAUCUUCAAAAGAGCUCAUAUUAUGUUGUACAAAGCAUAUAAAUUCAAUAGUAGAACUCUUUGGGUCUGGCUCCAGUAGGACUGGCUUACACUAAGUGA